GAACACCGUGAGCCUCCAAAAGAGGCAAGAGAACAUCGAAGAGAAAAGCGUCGGAGAUAAACAAGACAAUCAAACCAAAAGCGUCGAAGAGACGCAAGACAGUCAAACCAAAAUCGUCGAAGAAGAGAAUCAAGAACAUCAAACCAAAAGCACUGAAGAGGAUCAAGAGCAUCGAAACAAAAUUAGCGUCGGAGAGAAUCAAGACAAUCAAAUCGAAAGCGUCGAAGGGAAAAGCGUGGAAGAGAAACAAGACCAAAUGAAAGAUAUUCAAGACCAUCACAUCAAAAGCAUCAAGGACGAAGAUCAUCAAGUAGAAAGCGUCGAAGAGAAACAAGACAAUCAAACCAAAAGUAUCGAACAGGUGGAAGAGAAAGAACAAGACAAUCAAACCAAAAGUAUCGAACGGGUGGAAGAGAAAGAACAAAAUCUAACAGAAAAUAUCAAAGAGGUGGAAGACAGACAUGGCGAUCAAACCGAGAGUAUCCAAGACAAACAUGGCGAUCAAACCGAAGGUGUCGAAGUCAAGCAGAUGCAAAUAAGUUCUAUUAACAGGUUUGCUAGGAAAAGCCUUGCAAAUGUUUCUGAUGAGCGGUUCUUUUCGUUUGGAAACGACGACGAGGUCUUUAAAGGAGUUUCAGGGUCAUUCGAAAGCAUGUCGGGGAUUGAAGAAGAGAGUGCUUAUGCCGAAAGCGAAGUAAUGGAAGCAAAGGAGGACGUACCAGUUGACCAACAUGGAGAUGAGAACAAAGAGGAGGGGGAAGCACGUGGCAAGGAUUCAACUGAUUUCAAAGAAACAGAAAAGGAGCCAGAGGGAACGACCACCGAAGAAAAAAAUGUAUAGGGCCAAGGAGAUGAAGCGGAGUGAUUAAUUUUUUCUAUCUUGAUGUUAAAAGUGGAGAUAUGCAUGGUAUUGUAAUGAGUUUAUUCUUUGUUUCUAAAUGAAAACAAAUUCUAUGAUUCAUGUAUUACAUAGGUGAUGAUUUCUGA